ACAUAAUCUAAUGGAAGAUCUUCGUGUGACUGGCUACAAUGCCCUUUUGACUCCUGCUUUCCUUCAGGAAGAACUUGCUCCUACCCCUGAGUCUCGCCAGACUGUCUCUGCUGCUCGCCAAGAGACCGCUGCUAUUCUGCGCGGCGAGGAUGAUCGUUUGGUGAUCAUUGUUGGUCCCUGCUCUAUUCACGACACUAAGGCUGCUAAGGAGUACUGCCAGCGUCUUUCAAAAGUCAGAGAGAACGUCAAGGGAGAGUUGCUCAUUAUUAUGCGCUCUUACUUUGAGAAGCCUCGCACCACUGUCGGCUGGAAGGGUUUGAUCAACGACCCUGAUAUCAACAACAGCUACAACAUCAACAAAGGUCUUCGUGUUGGCCGUGAAUUGUUAUGUGAGCUUACUAACUCUGGCAUGCCCGUUGCUGUGGAGUUGUUGGAUACCAUCUCUCCUCAAUACCUUGCCGACCUUAUGUCCUGGGGUGCCAUUGGUGCUCGUACCACCGAAUCUCAGCUCCAUCGUGAGUUGGCUUCUGGCGUUUCUUUCCCUGUCGGUUUCAAGAACGGUACCGACGGAAACGUGCGUGUAGCAAUUGAUGGUAUUGGAUCCGCAUCAGCUCCUCACCAUUUCCUCGGCGUCACUAAGAGCGGAACCGUCAGCAUCACCCACACAACCGGCAACCCCGACUGUCACGUAAUUCUUCGCGGUGGAAACGAUGGCCCCAACUUUGACAAAGAACACAUCCUUGCUGCUAAGCAGGCAAUGAUCAAGGCCGGUCUCCGUCCCAACAUCAUGGUUGACUGCUCCCACGGAAACUCCAACAAAGAUCACCGUAACCAGCCCAAGGUUGCCGACAACAUCUGCGAACAAAUUGCUUCUGGAGAAACUUCCGUUAUUGGUCUUAUGAUUGAGUCUCACAUUAAUGAAGGCAAGCAGAGUGUACCCGCUGAAGGCCCUCAAGCCCUCAAAUACGGUGUCUCAAUUACUGACGCAUGCAUUGAUUUUGAGACCACUGAACAAGUCCUCACAAACCUUGCUAAUGCUGUCAAGGCAAGACGCUCCCUUAAACAGUAAAACAAAAAACAAAAAACAAAAAACGAGCAAACGCUUUACCCUCCUCCCUCCAUCAUAUUUUCCUCCUUCGUUUUUUUUCUCUCUUCUUUUUAUAGAUGUUCUCUUUAGAUAUUUUCUUCAUCAUUAAUUUUUGCAUUUAUUUGUUUAAAUCUAUCCCAAUAUUCAUCACCUAAAAACAAACCAUUUCCAUCUAAAUAAAUCCAUUCGAUUUGUAUCAUUUUUUUUUUAAAAAAAAAA